AUGAAAAGAUUUUUCGCAAUUUCACUGAUUGUAGCUGCCCUAGUUGGUGAAUCAAUCUGUAUCAAGACUAAGGUUGAAGCUUUAAAGCUAAAUCUAGGUUAAUCUGAAAUUUCACACAGUGGAUCUUCAACGAAUUUAGGUAGAGUCUUGGAUAAUUUAAAAAACCAUGGACUCCACUCUGACAUAAAAUUGCAAAAAUUAGCUUAAGCUGAUCAAAGUAAUCUUGGAAAACAAUAGACCCUAGAAGAUUACACAUUACUCGAUGAUUAUACAGGUUCUUUUUGUGCUAUAGUUGACUGUACUGAAUCGUUUUUAGAUGAUUUCAGAAACUGGUACAAAAUCUUAUACAAUGAAGCUGCAUUAACUAAUUAUGAAGCAAGUUUCAUAACAGACACGGAGUAUAGUAUCGGAUCAUUUACUUAAUAGGAUUUCGACCUAGCCCAUACCCUUUAUUACUCAGGAUAUACCGUGAGUGAAUUUAAGGAAUAUUUGAUAGAACUAGCUCAAACUGAAAUGGAUAGCUACUUCAACUCAAUUUGA